CCUGAAGCAGCCGACAUGGAGGAGAAGAAGAAGAAGAAGUCCUCCAGGAAGUCUCUGAGAACUCUGUUCUCCAGAACCGAACCGAGUCCAGACGAGUCUGCGCAGAAGCAGCAGGACAGGAAGAAGUUCAAGUUCCCGAAGCUGAAGAUGAAAACGAAGAUGGAGGCAGAGAGGCAGCAGGAGGUCCGGACUCCAGAGGACGAAGACCGGCCGGCCUCCCUGAAGAAGGCUUCCACUGUCUGCGCCACCGAGUCCAGGUCAAAGGUUCGUCUCCUCAGUUACUCGGACUUGGAUCUCUCGUCUCCGCGUCGUUUUGCUUCGUUCUCUUUCGGCCUGAGGAAGAGGAGGAGGAGGGAUGAAGAGCACCUCUCCAGGAGCGCCUUUGGUCUCCAUAGCAACCAGCAGGAGGAGGAGGAGAAUCCCGACUCCCGCCUGGAUCUGGACCGGGCCGACCCGAAGACCCGGUUCAGUUUGUCUCAACCCGAACUCGAUACCAGCGGAACCUUCGACAUCCCGUCUCCCCCUCCCCCGUCCUCCAACCGGGCCGAACCGUUCUCCUUCACUGCAGGGUCGUUAACCAGAACCCGACCAGAACCGGAGGAGCUUCUCUCCAACAGAACCUCCAGAACUCUGAUCGCCUCCAUCCCGGAGCUUCCGGUUCCGACGGCCCGAACACAAACCCCGGCUGUUCCCGGCCUCCGGUCCAAUCAGGCAGAACCAGGUGCGGACCAGAACCUCACCUCAUCCGCUGCAUCGGGAAACGGGGACGGUUCUGAUGGUCCGAGUCCGGAUCCAGAACCUCUCGGUACCUCAGGACCCGGGACUGUGGUUCUGGAGCAGCGGACCGGUUCCUCCAGGUGGGACUCGGGUUCAACUCUGGGCGAACCAGAACCUGAAGAAGCUUCAACACUCUCUAUGAUCCCAGUACCGGAACCGAGCAGCUCCGAACCGAACCCGACGGUACCAGGUGAAGGUACCAAGCUGGACCUGAAAGUACCAGUUGAACUUUCUGAACUGGACCCGGCGGUACCAGCUGAAAGUUCUGCACUGGACCUGAUGGUACCUGCUGUCUCAGCUGCAGGUUCUGACCCUGAGCCGGAUGCGGCGGUACCGCCUGCUAGCCCCGGUCCGGGUUCGGGUCGGGAUUCGGUGUUCGGAACUCUCUAUAAUUCUCUGUUUCCUCCUCGGUUCUUCCCGGUUCGGUCUCCAGACCGGGUCCCAGAACCAGAACCGCCUGGGGUCCAGACCCUCCCUCUACUGCCACCUGACCUCGCUGCAGGUUUUUCCGGUUCUGCUGAAACCAAACCGAGCCGUGUGAUUCGGGUUCGGACCGCUUCCCACAGCGGAGGCCUGGUUCCCGCUUCUCCGGUUACCGCAGCGUCUCCAGGGACGGACUCUCGGGUUUCCGGCUCUGAACCCAGACUGGUUCCGGUCGGACUGCCGAUCGCAGCAGACUGCUUGCCUCCGGAUCGCGGAAUGAACGUUCAGGACUUCUCCGAACCUCCCGAACCGGACCGGGCUCUGAGUCCGGCCUACCUGAGCGUCGGUUCGGACGACGGCGGAGAGCUUUACUUCAGCGCCCCGGAGGAAACCCCGGAGAGCGGAGAGGAGGCGGACCUGCGGGACGGCGAGGGGGAGGUUGAGACCCCCAGAGGUCAGAGGUCAGAGGAGAAAGCAGAAACAGCCUCGGCACAGGUGAGAGUGUGGGAGGAGCCGGCGCCACCGGUUCCGCAGGUAAACAGGCUGCAGGAAUGCGGCUCGGCCCCGCCCGCCGCCGGUGCGCCGGCGGAGGGAAACCAGGCCGCAGAAACCGAAGAUCCCGCUCAGAAAGCCCCGAACCUGCCGGGACCGGUUCUAGUUUCUGACCCCAGGAGAACCGAGGAAACCCGAGAGGAAGAGGAGGAGGAAGAGGACGAAGAGGAGCGCACCUUCACGCGUCCUGCAGCGGAAGGGAUGCCUGACGCCGCCGCCGGCCGUCCCGAGGGGGCGGAGACCAGGACGCCCCGAGUUAACGGAGCCGCCGCCACGCAGCGACAGGUGCCAGACCUGAUGUCGGCUCUGGACGCACGCAGACCGCCUGGCGACCAGCAUCCUGCCCGCGCCGCGGCUCACCUGGACCGCAGCUGCCAGCCUCCAGAACCAGAACCAGAACCAGAUGACAGGAUGAGUUCAGUCUACAGCAACCUGAGCACCAAGCUGACCCUGAAGAACCCGUCUCCUCCCAGAGAGGAGGAACCCAAACCCCGCUUCCACAAAGUGUCCCUGGUUACCAUGGAAACCAGUAGCACGCCCGAGCCAGACGAUCCGGAACCAGAGUACAAGUGGAAGAACCGUUUUCAGGGCGUGACUCAGUUUAAAUCCAGUAGGGCCCCUCUCCCUGAAGACGAUGAACCUUCCUCACAUUUCAGCUCCUCAGACAGCUCUGUGUACCUGAGCCCCGCUGGAGGCGGGGAGUGGAGGCGGAGCCUGCUGGAGGAGGGGGAGGAGUCAGCUGCUCCUGCAGGUGAAGAGGACGAGCGGCUGAAAGGAGAGACUGAGUGGAGGAAGCCGAGGUGGGAGCUGGAGCCGCUCUCUACGUCCUCCUGCAGCACCGAAGACAACGACUCCUCCUUCUUCACCGGAGUCUUCAAGGCCACCCUGGUGGACCUGACCCCUGACCCCCCAACGUCCCCCGACGUCGACUCCCCCGUCAACGACAUGGACAACCUGGUGGACACCCUGAGGAGCAUGGGGCCCUCUCAGAGGCCCCGGAGCACCGGCGUGCGAGCAGCUCCUCCUCCACUGGUCUCCACCCUGUCCCCCAUCAGAGAGGACUCGGGGAACUCAGUCAUCUCCACCCUGCCCUCCAUCAGAGAGGACUCGGGGAACCCCAUCAUCUCCACCCUGUCCCCCAUCAGAGAGGACAUGGGCAGUCCCUUUGUCCGUAGCACCCCCCAGAAUACAGAGGAGCCCCAGAACCAGCUGUACACCCUGCCAUUGGACCUGGGCCUGAAGAGGAACAUCUCCAGAGACGCCCGCUCCCCAAUAGAGCUGAUGAAGAGCCAGGAACUGACUUCCUCGCUGCACAACGGGAACGGCGCUCCUUUGUCUCCCACCACCGGCUCCCGCCUCGACAACAGUGUCCUCUUUGGCUCUUACCGCUCCUCAAACUCUGACCUGAAGCUGGAAAACGGGACCGCCCACCGGCCGCUGUUCAGCUCCCUGCCGGACACGGGAACCCUGGGAAUGAGACUGAGCGAAACUGGUGAGGCGGGGCCUGUUGGGGACGCAGCGGGGUCCCGACUGGAGCGCCUCUCCUUCCUUGUCAACUCCUCUUCAUCCCUGAACGGAGACGCCGGCUCCUCCAGGAUCAGCCGAUCGUCCUCCUUGAUCCUGGGCUCUCCCACCUCCAACAGCCCCACCCGUUUGCUCAGCCCCACCGGCUCCAUCGACCCUCACUGGACCCCCACCAUCUCAGAGCCCCACCUGUUCAGCCAGGGGCCCGGGGUCCUACGGAGGAGCAUCAGCUAUGAGGGGCUAUCACAGGCAUCCCUGUUCAGCAGUUUGUCUGGAGGGUCACAGUUCAGCAGUUUGUCUGGAGGGCCACAGUUCAGCAGUUUGUCUGGAGGGCCACAGUUCAGCAGUUUGUCUGGAGGGCCACAGUUCAGCAGUUCGUCUGGAGGGCCACAGUUUAGCAGCGUUCAGGCAGGGUCCCAAUUCAACAGCGUUCCCAGAGGGUCCCAGCUCCAGAACCAGCAAGAUGAACCAGACAGCAACCUGAUGUCCAAGUAUCGAGCCUUCCCAGACGCCUAUCUCACCAAGGAGAAGGAACACGGGAAGCUGAACCCGCGACCAGGAAAGAUUUACAUCUUCGACCGGCCGGGAAUGUGCGGCCGCAGGAUGGAGAUCCGCGGAGACGUCAUGGACGCCACGUCCUGGGAGCUGCAGGACACUAUCUCCAUCAGGGUGGUCCGAGGAGGGUGGGUUCUCUAUGAAAAGCCUGACUUUAAAGGGGAGAAGAUCGCCCUGGACGAGGGAGACGUGGAGCUCACCUGUCCCUUUAGCCCACUUGAGGAGGCGCUGCAGAACGGACAGGAAGAGGAGAAGAAGAACGGAGAAAUGGAGGAGCAGAGCGAGGAGAAACCGACCCAGAAGUUCAUCAUCGGAUCGAUUCGCAGAGCGGUCAGGGACUACAGCGUUCCAGAGAUCUGUCUCUUCCCAGAGGAGAACGCGGAGGGGAAGAAGGUGGUUUUCCGGGACACGGCGGAGGACGCCAGGAUCUUCGGGUUUCCCAUCAAAGCCAACUCCAUCAUCGUGAACGCCGGGCUCUGGCUGGUCUUUGCUCAGCCCUUCUUCCAGGGCGUCCCCCGCAUCCUGGAGGUGGGGGGCUACUCUAACCCUGCGGCCUGGGGGGUGGAGCAGCCCUACGUGGGCUCAGUGCAUCCCCUCAAAGUGGGAGAACCUCGGGUGGAGAACAUGAGCGAACCCAAGAUGGUGAUCUACGAGAAGCCGUACUUCUCUGGGAAGUCCAGGACCAUCUCUUCCAACAUGAGGGACUUCAUGAGCCGGACGGACCGCCAGCAGAACCUCUUCAUGGCCAGCCUGGGCUCCCUGAAGGUCCUGGGAGGAAUCUGGGUGGGAUACGAGAAGGAGGGUUUCCGCGGUCACCAGUACCUGCUGGAGGAGGGCGAGUACCACGACUGGAGGGUGUGGGGGGCCUGCGACUCCGAGCUGCGCUCCGUCAGGAUCAUCCGGGCGGACCUGGCGGACCCGGUGAUGGUGAUGUUCGAGCAGCCUGAGGAGGAGCAGGGUGUGACGGAGGAGAAGACCUUCGAGGUGACGGAGGCCAUCCCUGACGUAGAGCUCUUCGACUAUAAAACCUCCACCCGCUCUAUCCACGUCCUCAGCGGAGCGUGGAUCGCCUACUCCCAUGUGGACUUCUCAGGGAACCAAUACAUCCUGGAGAAAGGCUUCUACAACAACUGUGCUGACUGGGGCUCCCAGGACACCCGGGUCUGCUCGGUCCAGCCCAUCUUACCGGCUCCAGCUGAAUCCUCCGGCCCCAGAGACGAGAUCAUCCUCUACUCUGAACCAGACUUCCGGGGUGAAUGCCUUGUGUUUCACCACAGCCAGGGGGCGCUGUCAGAGAAAUUCCUCACCGGGUCAUGUCGAGUGGUGAGAGGAAGCUGGGUCCUCUGUGAGAACAAGCAGUUCUCUGGGAACAUGUAUGUCCUAUCUGAGGAGGACUAUCCCAGUCUGACCAGUAUGGGCUGCCCCUCCAGCUGCUCGGUGCUCUCCAUCAAGCUGGUGCCGAUGACGCUGUCGGUGCCGUCCGUGUCUCUGUUCGGACUCGAAGGUCUGGAGGGCCGGGAGAUCACCACCGAGUCGGAGGUCACCAGUCUGGUCCAGGACGGCUUCAACGACCACAUCCUGUCGGUCCGGGUCAACAGCGGCUGUUGGGUUUUGUGUGAGCAUAGCAACUACAGGGGGCGCCAGUUCCUCCUGGAGCCGAUAGAAAUCACCAACUGGCCCAAGUUCAGCUCCCUGGACCGGAUCGGGUCCAUGUACCCCAUCAGACAGAAGCGUCACUUUUUCCGAGUGAAGAACAAGGAGAGCGGUCACUUCCUGUCGGUGCAGGGCGGGGUGGAGGAGCUGAAGUCGGGUCGGGUGGUGGCGGCGGCGGAGGUGGAGCCGCCGAGCGACAUCUGGUUCUACCAGGAGGGACGGAUUAAAAACAAGCUCUCUCCCUCCAUGUGUCUGCAAGUGAUGGGCAGCGUGGAACCGGCAGCCAAGGUGGUUCUGUGGAACGAGAGCCGGCAGCCGAUCCAGAACUGGUCGGCGAAGAUGCAGGGUCCGAUCGGCAGCCUGACGUUCCCUGGAAUGGUGCUGGACGUUAAAGGCGGCAGAACGUACGAUAAGGAGCAUGUGGUGGUGAUGCCGGAGAACGACGAGAGGCCGAGUCAGCAGUGGGAGAUCCAGCUGCUGUAGCCGGAAACCUGCUGCGCCUUUCUGGAGCUGCACGUUCUCCUGAAUGCACGGUGACCGGCGGACCGAAUCUGAAACGGUUGACAGGCAGCAGGAGGUUCUGUUACCAAAGAUACUCCCGACGUUCUGGUUGUGGUUCUACUGAGAUCCUGUAAAUGUUCUGCCUGGAUCGCUACACAUCGACCAGCAGAACAGGAAUGUUGGCUCUCAGUAUGUUUAUAUGUACAUGUGUGUGGACGACGCUGCGGCCGGGUUCUUCCCAUGUUAUUAGCCUCCUACUGUUACAUUAACCUGCUUCAGCUCUGUUAAUAUUUGAAAUGAAAUGCAUUCAGUUGGAAGAUGUUGUACACCAGGGAAGGGUUUUAAAAUGUUCAAUAAACAAUAAAGCGACUGUUGUUUUGUCAGUUGGUUCUGAAGGA